AUGAGAACCGACACGUCAGAAUCUUCUUACACUGUUAGCUCGGAAGUAUCUGUCAAGCAGAGAAAAGUCGUUGAGGAGUUGCCACAAAUUGGUUAUUCUCUUGAUGAGCUGAAUGCGAAGAGAGUUGAGCCAAAAUGGCGUAUUGCUAGAUUCACAGCGAUUGGUAUGUUCUGGGCGAUUUGGGGAGCACUACUCGCUGGCUCCAUCCUUAUCAUUGUUCUCAACAAUCAUGAUGUAGCGAGUACCACUUCGGCUCCAAUCACCACUACCACCAAAGGAAAGUAA